AUGGGAACAGAUUUUCCACUUCCAUCAAGUUGGUCACCUCUUACUUCUAGUCAAGUUAUUAGUCUUAUAGAAUUAAGACGAUCCUCCUCUGAAUACUUGGAGAUAAAAAAUCAUUUCGUUGCUCAUGGAGGAAAAGCUGGUCAAAUCAAUAUGAUUCAAAGUAUGCAGAAUCCUGGUCUCUACUGUCUGUACCAGGCCUUUAAGAAGAAGAUGCGUGGUGAUGUGAAUGAAAUGCGUCUCUUUCACGGCACUAAUUCAGAUAAAGUUCAAUCUAUAAACACGAACGACUUCAGCCGAAACUUUGCUGGAGUAAAUGGAGUAAUUUAUGGAAAUGGAGUAUACUUUGCAAGAGAUGCAUCGUUUUCUCUCGAUUACUCUCGUGAACAGUGUUCUGCUGGAUCACAACCAAAGAUAUACAUCGCCAAAGUUCUUGUUGGAAAGUACACAUUGGGUAAGAAGGGACUAAAGGCACCACCAUCCAAAAAUGAUCCUAGCAAUCCAGCUCUACUCUAUGAUUCUAUUGUGAAUGACAUAAACAAUCCCUGUAUUUACGUCAUUUUCCAAGAUAACCGGUACUAUCCUGAGUAUCUCAUAACAAUAAAUAAUCAACAAAACAGAUCUUCGUACAUUUAA